AUGAAACGUCAAAUAGAUGCUUCUGAGGAGAAGGACUUGCUUGAAGAUACUCGCUUGGAAAAUUUAAAUCUUACAUCUCAGAUCAAUAGUUACGUGACUGAGAAUGAGAUUUUGAGUGAAAAGAUUGAGACUUUGUUUCUGCAAUUAGAAUGUUUAUCUACUGAAUCUAUGAAUAACGAGGAGUUUAACUUUCAUCUUCGUAAUGAGAAUGAGGGUUUGAGGGUCGAUCUACAACGAGUUGGUAACCUCCUUACCAUUUCACUAAAUCUGCAUUCUUCUUGAUUGGCUCAGAUUAAACGAUUGGAAGAAGAUAAACCCGCAUAAUUAAAAGAAAAGAUAAAUCCGAAGUUGAUAUUCACAAAUCUCGCAAUGAAGUUAUUGAUUGGAAGUCUGAGAAUGAUAAAUUGAAGAACGAAGUCUCUUUUCUCUUAUCUCAUUUAGAGAGGUUUCAGGGUAAGAAAGAGGACACUAUUUUGUUUACGAAGAAGAAAUCUAUUGAACUUCCGAAGAGUAAGAAACUCGUCAUUAACCAUUCUGAUGAGGAUAAAUCUGAAUCUGGUCACGGUAAAGGAUGGUAUAAUUCGUAUCAUAAACUUUGCAUCCAACUCGAAGCUGCGAGAUUCGAGAUUUCUAAACUUGAUCAUCUUAUCGCUGACGUCCAAAAGACUUUGGGUUUUGUUAUUUUUCAGAAGGAAGAGUCUGAGCAAAGUUUCAAGAACCAGGUUCUCCAUCUAUCUCGUAAGAAAGAUGAGCUCUUCAAGGAGGUUUCCGCUCUCAAAGAGGAAAUUAAGUACAUGAACGAAGACUUUGCUACUAUGGAGAAGGAUGCUGCUAAGGUUGCGAAUCUUACUCGCAAAAAUGCUCAAGAUUCCAAGAUCCAUCUCUUCAAUGAUUUUUGUGAUUCUCAUGGCAUUCCUCGCGUGCCUCUGGAUCACGAAAUAUUUUCUGAUGAUGUACCUGCUGAUGAAAAGAAGGAUUCUACUGAUAAGGACGAUGAUGAUGAGGAUACCGAGACUGAUGAAGAUAAUGAUACUGAGAACCCCAAGAGUAAAGCUUCUUUGAUUACUAAGGUUGCUGACAUUCCUUCUUCUUCGUCAAAUCUUCUUGGUCAAUAUUUUAACACGGUCAAUGUUGAAGCUGAAACUGUUGGUGCUAGUGGUGGUAACCAUGAACAUGAGAUCAAAGAGUCUGGUGGUGAUGCCGAGGAGGAAGCCAUCAAAGAUGUUCCUAUUCAACAAUUACCUCUUCAAUCUUGAUUUCAUUGUCUUUGUUGGUUCUUUUCUUUGACAUCUCGUCUCUUCUAACAGUUUCUUAAACUGGGCGCUCCCAAGAUUGGGGGCAUAACGUUUUGGUUUUUGCUUCAAUAUAUCAUCCUUCUGCUUCUACC